AUGACACAAGCCCGGCAGAUGGAGCUGCUGCAAGAGAGAGCUGUCUUGUGUCCAGGAACCAGGAGCAGAAUGAGUGCCAGCGAAAGAUUCACUGCAGAUGAAGCCGUGCUGUCAGUGUCCUACCUCUGUGGUGUUGUCAGGCAGGCAGCAGUUGUGCCCGUGGGCGUUGCAGCCACCAGCAGCAGAACCCACCUGGUUGACAGAGUUGAGGAUGUGGCCAUACUGACACACCUGCAUGAAUCUGCUGUUCUCCACAGCCCCGAGGGCUACUGCUGCUCUCAGAUGAUCUGUACCUACUCGGGCCUCUUCUGUGUCACUGUCAACCCCUACAAGUGGCUGCCGGUGUACAACCCGGAGGUGAUGUUGGCCUACCGAGGCAAAAAGCGCCAGGAGGCCCCUCCACACAUCUUCUCCAUCUCUGACAACGCCUAUCAGUUCAUGCUGACUCCUGCCAAAUGCUGCUCUUACCUCCUAGGGGCUCACUUGCCUUAAGCCACCUUCUGCAGUGCACUACCUCAGCGCCUCGUUCUGUGUCAUCUUGCAGAUUUUCUACUCAGGCUCCCAGUUAUUGUACUGUGGAAUUAGGCAUGCCUACCUUGUUUCUAGGUGAUGCAAAAUCUGCUCUUGACUGCUUUCCCUGUCUCCUGAAAUUGGCUUUUAUUUUUAAAUUGCUGUGCUAUAAUGGUAUGGCACAAUAUCUGCAUUUCUGGUCUAAGCAUGAAGUUGAACAUCAUAAGAGGAACCACGGCAAAAGGUGGGUGCAGUUAGGUAGGACGUACUGCCUGGUUUGCAGACCAGCAUGUGGCUUGAGGCAACUCUGUUCAGAACAGAUCUGGAAGGAACAUUUUCCCCAAAAUACAUGGUUUCAGAAUUAAGUUCUGUCCUGUAUUAAACAGCAAUAAAUAAGGUGAAGAGUGAUAAAGAGGGAAGCAGAGGGUGGAAAAAUGGACAAAAAAGUGGAGCACAGGAGUGGAAGAGAGGAGGAGGGAAAGAGCAUGCAUCUCUUUGGCUUUGCUCGCAAGCUUUUUGGUUCUCCCCUUCUAUGACACUGGGUUGCUGCUUCCCUACCUCUUCUCUGCAGCAGUUCUUCUUCCCUUUGCAGGGUGUGAAAGUCAGUCAGUCCUAAUCACAUAAGUAGAUCUGUCCCUUUGACCUUUAUCUCCAACAAAGCAGGUGUAUAAAGCUUUGCUCCAUGCUUCCUUUCAGCAGUGGACAAUUGGGUGCAGGGAAGACUGAACACAAAGCGUGUCAUCCAGUGCUGAGCACUCAAUGGAGAGCUGGCCAAGAAGAAGGAAUCCUGGAUGAAGGUACGAAGCUGAAAAGCAUUGCAGAGGGACACUUACCAGCUUGUGACUGUGGUCAGUAUCAGUGACAGACAUUGGCCUCAAAAUAUGAAGUGUCUUCUAUUAGCUUCAGCCACUCUCAAAAAGCAAUAAGAGCAGGGGCUGAUUGGCAGUGAGAGACACAACAAAUACAAACCACCGAGGCUGCCAAUGUCACUGCCCAGCAGCCUCUCCUCAAAUGCAGAUAGAUCUGGGGGAUGCUGUCUGAGAAUGCUGGAGGCACACGCUCCAAUUUCUCAACAUGAGCUGAGAGCAAUGAGCAUGAGUGAAACUAGGAAUAAAAAAAGGAAUUAUUUACCAUUUAGUCAGAGUGUUAAUUCUUGGUGCUAUAAUGAAGAAGCUGGCACAGCAUCAGGCUGUACAGUGUACGGUUGCACACGAUUGCUGAGCUGCAACUCCGUCACAGUCCCACCACAUGCCCUGUGGUGUUUCAAUCUCUUACUCAAAUAUUCUCACAGGGUGCACCUGAGGAUCAAAUAAUCUGUCAGCUCACUGCUGGACGCUGCUGGGGAUACCAAGGUGUGAGGAAUGACAGCUCCUCGCGCUUCAGAAGUAGUUGUGCUCCACAGGGUUUGUCUCUGCUCUCCUGCAUUUUGCAUCCUAUUUGCCCAUUUGUUGCUUGCAUCUGGGAGCCAGUGGGUGGGAGAAGUGCUCCUACUGACAAAAGCAUGGUUGUUUUUCAGAUACUGAUGUGUUUACAGCUUUUCAUGUUCACACUGCAUGGCUUGCUGCCUGUUCCUCAAGAUUCCCUGUCUCCAGUGUUUAAGUUUCACCACCACACCAUUACUCUUGUUUCGUUACUAACUGUUCCCUUUAUCCUGGGGAGAUUUCAUCAGUGUCUAUAAAUACUUGAGGGGAGAGUGCAAAAGAACAGAGCCCGGUGGUGCCAGUGACUGAACAAGAGGCACAGGGCAUAAACGGAAACCCAGACAGUUCUGUCUGACCAUCAGAGAGCACUGCUGUGCUGCGCGGGAGGCUGAACACUGGCACAGAUACCCAGAGAUGUUUUGGAGUCUCCCCUUUGGAGAUAUUCAUGCAUAUCUGUCCCAAACCUUCCACUGUCCCACACUACUCCAUUCUUUCCUGUUCCUCAAUAACUAAAACUUCAGUUAUCAAUGUUAUUUUCAUCCUAAAUCCAUAAAGCAGCACCUUACCAGCUACCAGGAAGAAAAUUAACUUCAUCCCAGAUGAAACCAGAACAUUCUGCCUUCCCUCCUCCCACAUGAUUCUGAACUCUCAUCCCUCUGGCAAGUUCAUCUCAGCCGUCUUCUCCUUUUGCAUACCAGUUCUUCCUCAAGUCUUCCUGUCAUUUAAACUCAAAGGUAAAAGAGCCUGAUAUCUGUUUGCUUUAACCAUUUACGCAAUUUAUUUAAUAUA